AAUCCAGCAUGCUGUCUUUGUCUGAUGUAGCGUUGUUUUAGUAAGGAAACCGGGAAUAUUAACACCUUAUUAUGGCGGAUAAAAGGCCCAAGCGACAACGGACUGGAAGAUCCUGUAUGUUCUUUGAUGCAAGCCUGCAACACAGGGAAGAAAUCGAGUUGAGAAGGGCACUCAGUGCGUCUUUGAAAGAAGCGCGAAGUGCACAACAGAAGCACGAAGAACCCGCACAACCGAACGUAGAAACAAGAUCGAUAUGCACUAAUACUGAGACAAGACUACGUUUAAAGAAGUCUCGAUGCCCUAAACUGAAAAAGUACAGCAAAAGCUGUUCUCUAAAAAUAAAACAGAAUGAAGGUAUAAAGAAAGGUAGUGAACUAACCAUCACAAGUGAAGAGGUAUCAGCAAAAGCCAAAGACCAAAAAGAAGAUUCAGACAAAUGUAGAAAGCUUCAGAACAAGGGAUUUCUAAGUAAAAAUCAACAGAGAAAAGAACUUCAAAGUCCAAAAAAUUCAAACAAAGUUGUCAAGUCAAACAAAUUGGUGAACACUGGUCAGAAGAGAGAACUUAAGAAUAUUUUAAAUAAACAGAACACAAAUGGGAAGUUGUUCACUUGCAAGAAAGGGAAUGAUGCAAAGAAAAGCAAAGUUGUUCAAAGCUUGACUGUGAAAUUUAAUACUGCCAGCAAAGAUGAGAAACAACCAUAUACAAAAUGUUCAAAGCGAAAGCAGGAAAUUGAAGGUCAAAAUGACAUUGAAACUUCCAAUGAUCAAGUUAAAAAGAGAAAACUCACAUCACCAAAACUUGUGCCUGAAGUUGUACUAGAAACUGAAAAAAAUUUUCAUUCAGUAGAAGAGAGGUAUACCUCUGAUAUAUCUACUCUUAAACAAGAAGUGUCAAAUGUGCUACAGGGAAAACUAAGAAAAAGACUAAGACAGAAGCUUAAAGACAGAAAACUUGUGAAUCCAUUAGGAGAAAUCUACAUCCCAGCUAAUAUAGCCAAGACAGAAGAUUUCUUGACUUUCUUAUGUCUAAGAGGUAGUGCCAGUCUUCCAAGAUCCUUUGAGGUCUUCAACAAUCCUGAUCCUUUCUUUACUAAGCCAACUCACCAGUUUCCUGAUGAAGAAGUGCUUUCUUGUCCAAUGCUUCACACACAUUCAUCAGUGACCUACUCUCCACCUUUGUCAAGUUCUCCCAGUGAGUCCUCAGCAGACUCACCUAUGUCUUCUAUAGAUGGCUGGUUGAUGCAUGAUGACUAAAGACUUUCAGUUAGAACUAUGUUUUAAGAAUAGCAUUUUUGAAGGCAAUUGAACCAUUUAACUCCUAAGAUCUGAUUAUGAAUUCUGCCAUCUGGCUGCUACACAUUUCCUUGUAAAUUGGUUAUGAG